AUGAUAAGUAUUCAUGUUCAGAUUCUGCUAAUAAUUCUUUUUUGGCAUUCUGAUUGUCACAUUAUUCCCAGGAUUGAAGAAUGUGGGCUUUCAUGUUCUCAGGGGAUUCAUUGUAAAAGCAAACCUUCCAGUGGAAUUUUUAACAGUUUCUGUCAUGAUGCUCCAGCAUCUUUAUCUUCUGUGAUACUGAAAAGUAUGAAGAUCUCAACAGUGAUGAAAUGUGUCCAAGGAAGCCCAUGCACUCUUCAUUUAAACAUUAAAGGAACUCUGAGUCUAGAUGAGAAUAUCCGUGGGCUGGAAAUAUGCACGCUUUCACUGGACACACAGCAAUCGCAGUGCAUAAAUGUGAGAUUUGCUAGGAAAAAAAGCAAGAUGCUUAAUGGAAAGAAGGUACAGAUUCAAACCAAUUGCUUUGAAGUCAAUGUAGCACAACACAUCUAUGUGACCAUGAAAACAGUACCAAACUACUGUGAAGUCAAGCUGAGACAAGAAUACUAUGUUGAAGAUUGCAGGAACAGUGAUGUGGGAAAAUAUAUUCCAGCUUGUUUGGCUGGAAAGUUUGAAUUUAAUGUAGAUAGGGCAAGGAAAAUUAUACUGGUGAAUGUGUCCAGCUCUCUUCAAGAUCAAGAUUAUUACGUUCGCCUGUGCCACAAAUGGUUUACCUGUGAAGAUGCAGGGGCGUUUUCUGUGAUAAAAGGGAAAGAAUCUUUAAAAUCAGUUUCUCUGAAAUAUUCUCAGCUACUUCCUUGUCUUUGCAUCGAGGGUUGGCUGGCAAUUCCAGAUGCAAGGAGGAUACAACUUUGCCCCUUUAAAAAUGAUACGGAGAUGCUGUGGGAUAAUAUUGUUUACAACCCAUUGACACAAACCCUAGCUUGGGAGCCAGCCUGUCCUGUGCUUGUUGUGGUUAACCUGUGCAGGUUAAUGAAGUCUAACAACCACUGUGAAGACAUACAAAACACUUCCAAACGUUCUCCUGAGAAACAGGUAAAAUAUUCUCGUGUGGACACUCACCCAAGACUUUGCAUGAAGUUUACAACCAACCAAGGCUCUUGGGUUAAAUGCCCAUUUGCUCAAGGAGAAUUUCCAGCUUGGAAAAUGAGAACUGAUGCAGUUGAAGGAAAAAUACGAGUUUUCUUCACAUCCCAAACCAAGGCACAGUUCUCAGUGCUUGUGUGUAACAGGACGCAGCUGGCCUCGUGUGAAUCAGCUGGGAUACACCAUUCAGUCUCUGCGGGAGAUUCUGUAUCAAUCACUAUGUCAUGGGAAAUGUGUGAAUCAAUGAUUUGCAUUCAGGGCUGGAGGACAGAUGUAGAUUAUUCAGUUCCACUGCAGAUCUGUGAUAUCAACUGUGCUUUUCUUGGUCGCACAUAUGGUGAUGGAAACUCAGCAAAGACCAUGACACACAGAAUGAAGAGUGUGCAUUCCUUGCAUUGA